AUGUGUGACCAGUUUGUGGGAAUCUGGAAGUUUGUCUCCAGUGAAAAAUUUGAGGACUAUAUGAAAGAACUGGGUGUGGGUUUAGCCACCAGGACACUGGGCAGCCUGGCCAAACCCACUGUGACCAUCAGCAUGGAUGGUGAUGUGAUAACCAUCAAAACAGAGAGUACUUUUAAAAGUACUGAGGUCUCCUUCAAGUUGGGGGAGGAGUUUGAGGAAACCACAGCAGAUGACAGGAAAACCAAGAGUAUUGUCACCUUGGAAGAAGGCUCACUAACUCAGGUGCAGAAGUGGGAUGGUAAAGAGACCACAAUAAAGAGAAAACUAACAGAUGGGAAGAUGAUUGUGGAAUACACCAUGAACAAUAUCACUUGCACUAGAGUCUAUGAGAGAGCAUGAGUAAACUCCAUGUCCAGGAGUGCAUCUAACUUGGUCUGAGAAUGAGUUCAGGUCAAGGAAACUACUACACUUCUCCUGCUUCUUAGUUUUGUUUCCUGAAGAAAAGGCCUAAUGGGUGCAGAAUCCUAAUUCCAAACCACUAAUGUAACC